UUCACAUAACUGAGUGAAAUGGGCCCCAGCCAGAUAUCUAAACCGGUGGGCGACAAUAAACGAACGGUCGCUGUCAGCAACACACUGCUUUUGAAGCAUGUGGCCACGGAGAGAACUCGUGGGAACAAAGUUGACAAAUCCCAUGAAUUAUUUCCUUGUUAAAUUCACACACAAACACAAACACGGCAUUCUCGAAUCUCCCCAGGUCCCCAACCCUCAAAAAAAUCGUUGUCUUCCCUCAUCAUUGCAGACAUCUAGAUUUUGUGGUGGGAUUGUGGAUUUGUGUCUUAUUCUGGGUGCGUUUUGUUUAUGAGGCUUUAGUUGGGUUUGGUUUGGUUUGGGUGUCGCUUGCUAAUUCGGAAGUUCAUGGAAUUGUUGUUAUUAUAUAUUGGUUGGUGCAAGAGAGAUGAGAGCGGAAGGAAUUAAGGAUGCGAACAAUUUGUGACGCUUGCGAGAGCGCGGCCGCUAUCGUGUUUUGUGCUGCCGACGAGGCCACUCUUUGCCGUUCCUGCGACGAAAAGGUUCACAUGUGCAAUAAGCUUGCUAGCCGGCAUGUACGGGUUGGUCUUGCGAGUCCCAGUGAUGUUCCCCGCUGUGACAUAUGUGAAAAUGCACCUGCUUUCUUUUACUGUGAGGUAGACGGGAGUUCCCUGUGUUUGCAAUGUGACAUGAUUGUUCACGUUGGAGGUAAAAGAACGCAUGGAAGAUAUCUUCUAUUGAGGCAGAGAGUUGAGUUUCCAGGGGAUAAACCUGGUCAUCUUGAGGAGCCAGUUCCACUACCUGUGGAUCCAGGUGAGACCAGAAGAGGACAAACUAUGCCACCUAAGCUGACAAUGGGAGAGAACCAGCAAAAUCACAGGGCCUCUCCUGUUCCAAUUUCAGAUGCUGAUGCUGAUCGGCAUUCCAAGAUGGAUAAAAUGAUUGAUUUGAAUAUGAAGCCUCACCGGAUGCACGAACAAGCAUCAAACAAUCAGGAUCAAUGAUUAAAAAAAGAAACCUGGAGGCCGGGAUCUUGCACCAUCUCUUUCAUUCAUGCCAGCAGAGGAGUUAGCUGACUUUCAACCAUACUUCCAUUAGCUGCAAGUUUUGUGUGGCGGAACUUCUCCUCAUGUUUACCUUUUCGCCAAGGCAUGGGGAUAUGCGUGCCACCAAGUGUUGCUUAGUUGUUCUGAAUGGCGGUUCGACAGCAUUCAUAUAUCUUACAUUGUAAUGCAAAAAGAUUAUAGUUCACUCCAAUGAAGACAUGGAUAUCUUUGCAACUGUUGAGAGUUUUAUGAGCACUCAUUUCUGCAGAACCUAGUGCUCUUACCACUCUUGUUGAAAGUGAUAUCUCGUACAAUUUGCAUAAUGGGAUUUCUUGAUAUGCUUAGGACAUCAUGAGGAAGCUUGAGAAUAAUGCCAGAAAGUCACCUUAAUUUCUA